CUGGACCGAGAACGACCGGAAUCAGGAAGUGACGAAAGCCGCGGCUAAUGCUGCUCCUGCGUUUGAAAGGGAAAGAAGCUGUUCGGCUUAUUUUACACGCAGUUCGUGGAUAUUCGGGCGGUAUUUCACAGUAAGUCAGAAUGGCGGCCUCUCUGCCUCAGAAGGCUCCUGGUCAGGGAAUGGGCAGUCUGCCUCCUCAACAACAACAACAACAGCAGCAGCAGCAGUCCCAUCUUGCUCCAGGCUCCGGCUCAGGUCCCGGACAGCCCCCCAUUCCCCCAAACCAGGGGGCCCUGAGGGAGAUCUCUCCUGUUUUCCUCUGUCGGAUCGGCCAGGAGACAGUACAGGACAUCGUCACUCGUACUAUGGAAAUCUUCCAGAUCACACGCGCCACUCAGUUACCAAAUGGUGUGACCCAGAGUCAGGCAGUGUAUCAGGACCGCUUUGGCAAACUUCAGGAGCACCUGCGUCAGCUAACCCUGCUCUUCCGCAAGCUCCGUCUGCUGUACGAACGCUGUGUAGAGAUGACCUCUGACCUUCAAGAGUCUUCUGCUGAGUUGGUGCCAUAUGUUGGAGAGGAGAUGGUGCCAGUGAGAGUGGAGCCCUGCGGUCCUGCAGUGAGUCAAGACAGACAGGAAGUUUUAGAGAAAGUGAGGCAGAAGAAUCAGGAGAUGAAGGUGCUGAUGGAUCAGAUGAGAAACCUCCUGUGGGACAUCAACGCCAUGCUCACAAUGCGCAAAUGACCAGAAAAGCUUUCCUCUUCCGCUGCCAUCCACUAUGUCUAGAUCUAGUAACCUCCUCCCAGGAGACACUGAGAAACACACUUCUUCCUCCCAGUCAGGUGCUCUUACAAGGCAGCUGAGGACAGCAGGCUGCCUUCAGAUCACUGGUACCUUUUAGUACCAUGUGGUGUUUACUCUCGAUUAAUGAGAUUCAUUCAGCCUCAGGUGGAGAACUUGCUCCAUUUUAUCUCGGCUGUGAUAAUGUAACUUUUUGCCUUUAAGCACUGAACUAGUAUCGUUUUGUAUUAGCAGGGACUUAAUAAUAUGAAUUCAACGCCAAGCACAAGGACCGACUCUGAGUAAAUGCUAGAGGCAUAGAUGGCGGAACAGAUUUCCUUUAUAAACGCUAGCAUGGAAUCCUUGGCCCUCUGUGUAGUGACUGUGUGAUGUGAUCACGCAUUUGCACCCUGGCAGCUAUGUUCUCAGGUGGAGAGAGUGCAUACGUUUGUGUGUUCAUGCAUGUGUGUGUGAGAGAAUGAAUAUUUUUCCUUUAGUACUGUACACCUGUUCAUACACCUGUUCAUCUAAAGAAGGAGUAGUAGGGCACAUUUUUUGUAAACUGAAUGAGAAAUAAUGUCCCAAAAUCAUUUUGUACAUAAAAUAAAAAUUUCAAAACAUG